AGUAAUUUUGUCUAUUGCCUGUUCCAGAACACAAGAUAGUAAUCGUAGGGCUGGAUAAUGCAGGCAAGACAACAAUCCUGUACCAAUUCCUGAUGAAUGAAGUGGUGACUACAUCACCCACAAUAGGUUCAAACGUGGAGGAAGUAGUGUGGAAGAACAUCCACUUUAUCAUGUGGGAUCUUGGAGGCCAGCAAAGCCUACGGGCUGCCUGGAGCACAUACUACCUAAACACUGAGUUUGUGAUAGUUGUGAUAGACUCGACAGACCGUGAGAGACUAUCGGUGACACGGCAGGAGCUGUACCGCAUGUUGAACCAUGAAGAGCUAAGUAAGGCUGCUCUCUUGGUGUUUGCCAACAAGCAAGACGUUAAGGGAGCAAUGACAGCAGCUGAGAUAAGCAGACAACUUGAUCUCACCGCCAUCAAGAAACACCAGUGGCAUAUCCAGUCAUGUUGUGCUCUCUCUGGAGAAGGAUUGUACCAAGGACUUGAGUGGAUAUGCAGUCGGUUUAAAAAAAGAAGUGACCCUCAGCAGACUUUGGUUAAGAUGUGACUUGUCAAGUGAAGUGUAAGAAACUGUUGUUUGGCUGUGAGACAUCACAACGUAUCUCAAGUGUACAGUUCCCUUUUUCAUUUUGAUCAAACUGUAAAUUUAUAUAUAGUUAAUUUUAGUUUACCGAAUUUUUAAGAACUUUUAUAUUUAGGAUUUAGUUUUAAGUAAAAUUAGGAAUAAAGGGACGUGUUUAAUAUUUUUUGUGGACAUGAAAUUUACUUUGUAACUAAUUAUAUCGGAAUUCAAUCCAAUUGUGCAUUUAAAUGAUUACUUAUAAUAAAAAUAAUAUCGUA